GCAACAAGAAAGUAACACAGAGGUGAAUCCGGCGAUAUCGAUUGCAAUUUGUAAUCAGGGAGGUUCUGUUGUAGGUGGAUAACCAUGGCUUCGUCUUCAGCUUCUCCUCGACCGAGCGCCGCCGCGGAACAUUCGAAGAGGAUAUUAGGGUUUAUGGCGCACGCGAAGCAACGGAAGGACAGCUUCAUUCAAUUCUUCGCCAUGACGGGUAUCCUUCUAUUGAGCAUGCGAUCUUUGAGCCAGAAGUACAAAAUCCACGGCCUCCAAGAAGAUAUCCACGCCCUCAGGGUCGAGCACGAUUCCCUCACCGACCGCAUCAACAACAUCAAGAACGACCUCCUUCGAGAAGCUUCUCAUGACCCCACCGGCCUCUUCGCUUCUCGCCUUCGCCACCUCUUUGCCGAACAACACUGAACCCUUUCGGUUCCUCCUCUCGUGAGUUAUUUUUUUCAUCUCUCCGAAGAAACAAUUUAAAUUAACUCGUGAAUAAUAAUAGUCUUUGAAGGUGUUUGUUGCUUUCUGCUAGGAAACAUUGGUUCUAGUUGAGGAUAUGUGUAAUGUUUUGCACUUAAAAGAUUCGUAUUAAAUGUAAUGUCCUGUGAGGAUGAAUAGAAGGGAUGCAAUUAGGAGCGUCUUCAUAUAUGUCUAACAGCUUCAAUGUUGAUGUUGUGUUUAUAUGUGAAGUCACUUUGCUGGAGUAAUGCUUAAUUUUCCCAAAAACUCUGAUGCCAAACCAUUGUAAAUUCCACCACGCCUCAUGAUCAACUACAAUAAGUUUCUUGAGUCU